CGUGACGGCGCCGUGUGCUCUGUCUUUCAGAUGACGAGCUGAGCCUGCUGGUCGUCAUCGUUGACACCAACCCGAUCUGGUGGGGCAAGAGGGCGCUGGGGGAAGCCGAGCAGUUCACCCUGUCAAAAUGCCUGGAUGCGGUGAUGGUCCUGGGAAAUUCGCACUUGUUUAUGAACCGUACCAACAGGCUGGCUGUGAUAGCGAGUCACACGCAAGAAAGUCGUUUCUUGUAUCCCGGGAAGCGUUGGACUUUUGCAGAUCUCUUUGGAGAUGGUGGUAGUUUUGCAGAAUCUAAUUGCUCUGGCAGCAGAGAUGGGAAAUAUGAAUUGUUAACAGCAAUAAAUGAUGCAAUUACAGAGGAAAUUAAAGACCUCAUGACGAAAACUGACAUGAGGGGCCAGCAAACAGAAACUCUGCUAGCAGGAUCACUUGCUAAAGCACUUUGUUACAUUAACAAGAUGAGCAAAGAGGUGAAAGGCAAUCAAGAAAUUAAAUCAAGAAUUCUGGUCAUAAAAGCUGCAGAAGACAGUGCACUGCAAUAUAUGAAUUUCAUGAAUGUGAUCUUUGCAGCACAGAAACAGAGUAUUUUGAUUGAUGCCUGUGUCUUGGACUCUGAUUCAGGUCUUCUGCAACAGGCUUGUGACAUUACAGGUGGCAUAUACUUGAAAGUGCUCCACAUGCCAUCCCUUCUGCAGUAUUUGCUGUGGGUAUUUCUCCCCGAUCAAGAGCAGAGAUCGCAGCUUGUCCUUCCACCCCCAAUUCAUGUUGACUACAGAGCUGCGUGUUUCUGUCAUCGAAAUCUCAUUGAAAUUGGUUAUGUCUGCUCUGUAUGCUUGUCAAUAUUCUGCAACUUCAGUCCUAUUUGUAGUACAUGCGAGACUGCUUUCAAAAUAUCAUUGCCGCCUGUCAUGAAAGCUAAGAAGAAGAAGUUGAAGUUAGCUGUAUAACAGAAUUAUGUAAAUACACCAUUACCUCCUCCAGUCGUUCCAUGAAAUGGAAUUUACCUGAGAAAUUGAUGGCACUUUUUUAUUGGCUAUGAAAGAGAAUUGUAUACAGUGUUAUUGUUUGUUUCUUAGGGAUAAAUAUUUAAAUCAUGUGUUUCCUACACAGUCCUCUAAGUAACAGAUCAUUGCAUUAACAUGUAACCUGUGCUUAGUUGUAGAUAGGAACCAGAAGAUACAGCUUGUUUAAGAUACAGACCUUGUGAAGUAGAAGGUAUUGUGACCUACUAUCCACUACUAUACACUGCAAAGUUUCAAGUGUCGGAGUUAAUUUUCAGAGACAGGGAAGCUCUGGUUCUUUCCAAUCAUAUGUUGAUAUAAAGGUAAGCGUGACCGUUUCUGGGGUGUAGGAUCAGAGCCUUAGCAUUACGCUGUUCAUGGACUUACGCUUUCAGUUGGGUUUUGCUGCCAGUUUUGAGGACUGAAACGGGAUCGCUUUCAAAAUAAGCCAAAAUUUUCACAACGGUUUGGAACCCGCCUUCCUUUUGAAAGAUGUUAAUUUGAUUCUCCUGCAUAUGCAUCUUCACAUGGUUUCACAUACUUUUAUUCCCUUUGGCUGUACUGUCUCUGUGAUGCCUUUUUUCAAUUUGAUAGCUUUUCUUCAGAAUAUAAAUAUUGACUAGAAUAAGAUUG